UUUUAUUCUCCUACAAAUUGCUGUCGCCCUUGCUAUUUCGUGUUUUCCCGGAGGAAGUGAACGCAGCACGUCGUUGACAACCACUGGCGGGGGCGGGGCGGGACCAGCGGACGUCAGGGGGUGGAAGAAAACAGCAGAGCAGGAAUCAAAACAAGGCACGGUCACGCCUUCGCGCUUAAAGGUUAGAGCAGCUUAUUUCUUCUACCUGCUGCAGACCCCAAAGCCCCCGCCUGUCCUCCGAGGGGGAACCCUCCGCCGCCAAGAGGAGCGCAAAACAGAGAGAGCGCCGCAAGCGCGCCGUCGAAGUCCGCUGCAGAAAUGGAGUCCACAGAAAUGCCAGACGGCGCUGACAGGAGCCGCUGAUCGAGGUCGAAAUCGCAGUAAGCGAAAUCGCGUAAGAUGCCCAACCAGAAGAGCAGCAAGGGGAAGAAAAGCAAGCGCACGAACAGCAGCGGAGACGAGCAGGAAAAUGGAGGCUGCGCGGUCGCAGCGGGAGGCGCGGCCGCGGCGGCUGCAGCUGCCGCCGCUGCGCCCCGGGCAGAGCGCUCCAGCGAGGUCCAGUGCGCCUCGCCUCUGGGCUGCAGCCUGGGACGCUCCAUCGACCUAGAGAAGGAAGACCACCAGCGAGUGCUCUGCAACAACGAGCUCUGCCUGUUCGGCAACUGGAUGCAUUUGCAGUGCUUCUACGAGUGGGAGAGCUCCAUCCUCGUCCAGUUCAACUGCAUCGGCCGCGCCCGCUCCUGGAACGAGAAGCAGUGCCGGCAGAACAUGUGGACCAAGAAGGGCUACGACCUGGCCUUCAGGUUCUGCUCGUGCCGCUGCGGCCAGGGCCACCUGAAGAAGGACACCGACUGGUACCAGGUGAAGCGCAUGCAGGACGAGCGCAAGAAGAAGCCGUCGGAAAGGAGCGCCGGCCGGACUGGGAUGAGUGGGGGGGGCGCGGUGGGACCUGGGGACGGUCCCUUUGAGGAGCCCAAGAAGAGCAAGCCAGCUGGAGGAGCAGCAGGCGGGGGGAAGUUACCCCACAGGGCCUCCAGUCAGGAGUUACCUCGUAGACAAUCAGUGGACCGCCAGAACUCCAUAGAAAGAGGAGGGGGGCUUGCUGCUGGGGGACUGUCUCCCCUGGGGCCUCCUCAGAAAUCCCCGUGCGACUCCCCGGGACUCUCUCCUCCGGGCGGUUUCAACUUCUCCCCCGCGCAUGUCCUGGGAUCAGGAGGAGCUGGCCUGCGGGGUUCCCGCCAGCUGGGCGAGUUCUUCAAAUCCGCCGUCCACAUGGACCCCCAGAGGAAACACCUGCUGGCUGGGGGCGCUCUGAGCCGGGGGGGCGGAUGUUCCCCCGCUUCAGCCGGCGGGCCCCACCUGGACCCCGGCUCCGUUUUCCCGCUGCAACUGUCCUUCGCCCUGCCGCUCCACCCGCGACUCGCGUCCGGCGGCGGAGGGGACGGCCCCCACCCUCACCCGGUGCAGUUCCUGAGGAGGCUGGACCUCUCGGAGCUCCUCACUCACGUCCCCCGCCACAAACUCAACACUUACCACGUUCGCAUGGAGGACGACGCCCAGGCAGGCCAGGGAGAGGAGCUGCGCAGGUUUAUCCUGUCCGCUCUCAGUGCGAGCCAGAGGAACGUGGUCAACUGUGCUCUGUGCCACCGCUCGCUUCCCGUGUUCGAGCAGUUCCCCCUGGUGGACGGGACGCUGUUCCUCAGUCCGUCACGCCACGACGAGAUCGAGUACGAUGUCCCCUGCCACCUUCAAGGUCGACUGAUGCACCUCUACGCAAUCUGCGUGGACUGCCUGGAGGGCGUCCACAAGAUCGUCUGCAUCAAGUGCAAGUCGCGCUGGGACGGGAGCUGGCACCAGCUGGGGACCAUGUACACCUACGAUAUACUGGCCGCUACCCCCUGUUGCCAGGCGCGGCUCAACUGUAAGCACUGCGGCAAGCCGGUGGUGGACGUCCGAGUCGGGAUGCAGUAUUUCUCCGAGUACAGCAACGUCCAGCAGUGCCCUCACUGCGGCAACCUGGACUAUCACUUCGUUAAACCCUUCUCCUCCUACAAAGUACUCGAGGCUUAUUGACAAAUGUUUCAGCACAUGUUAGUCCAAGCUGCUUUUGUUCUCGUUUUUAUUUUCUAACACAAUCUAGGAAAGAUCUUUCGUUUUUUUUUUUUUUUCGGGGGCCUUUUAAGUGGUUUUAGGUUUUAAAAGUUCCCUCCUUUCUUUUUUUUUUAUUAAAAAAAAAAAUGCGUAGGGAAAAUAAGAGACACAGGAAAGUGUUCAGGAACUGAGAGAGGAGUUGAUAAAAGUGUGAAACUGACAUUUUAGUCGAGUGAACACAUUUAUCGGAGACAAGUGAAUGUAUCUGUAAGCCAAAUUCGCUUUUAUUUUUUACCAAAACCGAUCUUAAAAUAAAGAGAAAGAUUCACACUGAU